AUGGCUACGAAUAUUGUGUUUUUCAUCUUUCUAAUAUUCCACUUAUCUCAUGCAAAGGUUCUAGAUCUAUCAUGCUCACAAAUUCGUACUUUUGUGGACGGUCAUAAUAACAACCGAUAUAAACUAGCCAAAGGUGAAGUGCCUAAACAGCCACCUGCUUCUGAGAUGAAAUAUAUGAUAUGGGAUAAAGAGUUGGCGGCAAAAGCCUCGCAAUGGGCGUCGAAUAACAAGUUUGCACACAAUCCGGAUCGAACUGUUGGAUCGAAGAGAUUCACAACAGGAGAAAAUAUUUAUAUGUCGUUCUCCACUGAUUUGAACCAUAAACUGGAUAUUUCCGGUGCGCUCAGUUCAUGGUUUGACGAAUACAAACACUAUACGUAUGGUCCUCUGAAAGCUUCUGAUUUUACCGGCUCAGGUGAAGCUAUUGGACAUUAUACACAGAUGGUAUGGUCUAAUUCAAUAUACCUUGGUUGCGGAGUGUCUCAGAAUAUAAACAAAGGCAGAAUGGAAUACCUCGUGGUGUGCAACUAUGGACCAACCGGAAAUUACUUAGGUGAAACUCCGUAUAAAUCCAAUGGAAGUUCAAGCAAUCAGUUGUUGUGUGUUAUAAAGAAUUGCAGCCGUCCUUACGGAGAAAAAUAUAAAAAC